AAGCGAUGUCAACAUCCAAGCUGGAGCUUUGGCAUUUGGUAAACAUUUGUAAAUUAUGUUGCACUAUUAAUGAUAUCCAUUCAAAUGUUCGUGCAAACGAAGGGGCACUUCUAGCAAAAUAUGAGACUGAAUGAAGCAAGACAAAGCAUUUUUCUAUAUUGAUGGAAGCAUGUUGAGGAAUCUUCCCAGCAAUAUAUGAAGUUCAGCCUAUGGAAGAAAACUUACUCUGAUCUCUUUACUAUCAAGUAGUACAAGAUAAUACAAACAUGAAUGUCAAUUUGUUUUGGGAACACAGUGUUAAGUGUGAGUUUUGUGAGGCAACUUUUGACACCCAGGACACACUAAAACAGCAUCUGAGACUUCAUUCGCGAAGAAAGCCUUAUAAAUGUGAUGACUGUGGGGCAAAAUUUUCAUAUAACAGUACCUUAGAAUGGCAUAAGAAGAGUCAUACAGGUGAAAUGCCCUUUAAGUGUGAUGAAUGUGGUGCACAGUUUCUGCAGAAUAGUAUGCUAGUAUGGCAUAAAAGAAAACACAGAAUAGGUGAAAGUUCACAAAGUCCAGCUAUUGUUGUGAAUAUGGCAAAUAUUUACCAUCAGCAAAGUGUACAGAACUUUUCCAACAUGUUCAAUUUACCAGGAUUAAUGACAGCUACAAAUUCAGUAGCCUCAGGUACUGCCUCAAUGUCUACAUGCAAUACAGAGGCCCCAGGCACAAAUACAGCACCUAAUUCACAUAUUUAUACCUCUGUGCCAACUCAUGUCAAUGCAACAGCAUCUUCAUCAUGUGGAAUUCUGUCAGAUUUAUUAGGAAAAAGAAAAUUAGAUAGUGAAGAAGGGACUUUUCGUUGUGACAUCUGUGGAGCAUUGUUUAUGCACAGUGCAAGUCUAAAGUCACAUAUGCAAAAUAAACAUAACAUGGGUGACAAUAAUCCAUUUCAUAUCCUUGCAAGACAACAGGAAGCUAGUGGCCAGAUGAUUCCGCGGAAGAAAAUAAUUUUAGAAAAACCAUUCAAAUGUGAUCUCUGUGGAGCUGGAUUCAAUACUAAUGGUCAUUUAAAAAGUCAUCGACAGAAACACAUCGUAGACAGACCUUACAAAUGUGAGAAAUGUGGCCUGACAUUUUCAGAUAAGUCCAUUCUUGAAUCACAUGAACGAAGACAUCAAGCUGAGAGACCGUACAAGUGUGAUCGUUGUGGUGCAGCAUUUUUCCGUGAGAGUCAUUUACAAAGACACCUAAAGCGACAUACUGGAGAGUUAGUUUGAUUUUGAUAAUAAGAUGGUUAUAUAUGUAGAGUAUCUAGAUUGGUUAAACAGUUUUCAUUUUGCCAUUUUAAAUUCCUUUAUUUGCAUUAAAAGUUCCUUUAUAUACAUGAAAAUAAAUCUAUAAGACUCAAUAAGUAUGGUCAUUUAUAUUAAAUUAUAUUAAACGUUAUUUACCAUGUGUAAUAUUAAUGUGUAUUGUAUAUAAAGUGGAGAAGUCUGAAGGGCAGACUUACUAGAUAGGUAGUGUAAAAUGUACCAAGAAUUUGUAUAUUAAAUUAAAAUAUAAUGGUAGUUUUAAUUUGCAUAAAUGUGUAGAACAUAGCAUUGCUGAUUCCUUAACUUUAUGAAGUGUGUGUGUGUGUGUGUGUGUGUGUGUGUGUGUGUGUGUGUGUGUGUGUGUGUGUGUGUGUGUGUGUGUGUGUGUGUGUGUGUGUGUGAGAUGAUACUUCAUGUUGAAAUAAUUCUUUUGAUAUUAUUUAUUUUAUAUUUUAUAUAUUAUUUUUACAUGUACUACAAUUUUUGAAAUUCUUAUUGUAUACCAUUAACAAGAUGUAGAGUCUAACAUUCCAAGGAUACAAAAACAGAUGCUCAUUCCACAAAUAUUUUGCAUGAACAAUAAACAAGUAAUGAUAUAA